AUGGGCUCACAAGUUUCAUCUGAUGAGAUGAGCGUGCGUGCAGGCCAGGGGAGUGAUGAAGUGUUGGUGUCACAGGCCGUGUGGGACUACCUGGCCGCUGCCGGUAGGCCCUGGCUUCUUGACUUCCAGCGCAAGCAGGGCAUGAACGCAGGUAUCGUCCGGCGUGGCGAGAGGGGGGGCUGCUGCGCAGUCAGACUGCAGCCGGCGCCGGGCGCCAGGCCCCCUGGUCUGGCUGGAACACCGGUUUCCACUGAGACACGCAAAGCCUUCAUUGAUUUGUGCCGCUGUGCCCGCAAAGAAAUGAGUAAGCAGGAGGGCGGCCCCAAGAGAAAGCGCACCCUGCUGCCAUGCAUGGGGGUCCUGGAGCCAAACAGUGAGGGGAGCCUGAUGCAGGUGCCGACCCAGCCCCCGCCCCGCCGCUCUCAGAGACAACAGCAGAAGUUACGAAAGUCUGCAGAGGAAGAGGCCCUCUCCGUAUUCCACGAGGCGGCCUGCCGGAAAGAUUGCGAAGCUACUAAUCACAACGAAGUUGAUGACACCGCCUCUUGCUCCAUCUGUAUGGGAGACAUCGUGGACAAGACCACCUUGGAGAAGUGCGGUCACUCUUUCUGCCGUAGUUGCCUGGAUCAAGCUUUCAAGGUGAAGAGGGCCUGUCCUGUGUGUCGCCUCGUUUACGGUCAGCUGAUCGGUAACCAGCCUGCCAAUGGCACUAUGUAUGUCGAGCGGGAUUCUGCCCUGCACCUCCCAGGUCAUGAGGCCUACGGGUGUAUCUGCAUCAUUUACAGCUUCCCUGCUGGCUUACAAGCACCAGAACAUCCCAACCCAGGUGUGCGGUACCCAGGAACAGACCGUCUGGCCUACCUCCCCGACAGCCCUGACGGAAACCGUGUGCUGGGCCUGCUGCGCCGGGCCUUUGAGCAGCGCCUUACUUUCACCGUCGGUACCUCCAUGACAACAGGCUUGCAAAAUGUCAUCACCUGGAAUGACAUUCACCACAAGACCUCAAUAUGGGGCGGGCCCCGCUGUUUUGGCUACCCAGAUCCCACUUACCUGGUGCGCGUGACAGAGGAGCUCCGGGAAAAAGGCAUCACUGCCGACUGA